UACCUGUACGACGACUUCACCGUCACCGCCGCCACGGCCGCCAACGCCGUGCCGCUCGGGGAGGCGACCGUGCCGGGGUUCCUGCACGAGGCCAACAACAUCACCGUCAUCAAGGCCACCGUCACCGCGGCCGCGCUCGGGGUCGACCCCACCGCCGCCAGCUCCGACAUCAAGAAGUCGGGCACCUUCGCCAUCACCCUCGACCUGGAGACCAAGGCCGGCGUCAAGGUGGGCGGGCUCAAGACCAAGAAGAUCGGCAUCCAGGUGCACUGCGACGGCAUCAAGGUGGCCGCGCCCGCCGCGGCGCCCGCGCCGGCGAAGAAGAAGGGUGUGAAGCUCACCGUCGCCAAGGCGCCGUCGAAGGCGCCGGCCGCCGUGGAGGCCCCGGAGCCGUCCGCGGCCGUCGACGACGCGACAACCUCGCCCCCGGCGGCGACCACCGUCGCGCGCGUGUGCCAGGUCAGGAUCCGAGUCAAGAUCUGGAAGUGGACCUUCUAGUGACGACGCAAACUCCCAGGGGGCACAUUGCGAAAGCGAACCAAAGCCACUUUACUUUUCACCUGGGACGCGGCGGUAGUAGAGAUCACAACCGACGGUUGCUGUAAAAAAAUAUCCCAUUUGAAUUUUACGAAAUUUGGCGGGGGGGAGGGGAGGGGAGGAGCGAUGUGAGGUUUGAGGUAUUUGUUUAUUAUUUCUCCUUAUUUUUCUACGUUUCUUUUUUUUGCGUCACCUUAUUUUUUGCUAGUGCAAGUACACCUUGGGGAUUGUUCCGCUUAACUUUGUACGACUAUUACAUAUCUAUCUGAAUUUGUAACUGUUUUUUUUUGUCGGAGGGAAUUUGUAAUCGUUAGUGGCAUGUAUUACUAAUGUACUGUCAAACUAUACUCUCCUUUAUUUUCA